CUGAUCUCACCGUUACUAUCCUCCCCGAAUCUCACUCACUCCCCGUGCGGCGUGCCUCCUGUUUCUCCGGCACCACCACCACCAUGGACGACGGAGGGAACCCCACCCCUCCGCCCUCCACCUCCACCUCCACCGCCGCGGCCGCGGCCGCCGCCGCCGCGCAGCACCAGCAGCUCCAGCGCCAGCUCUUCCUGAUGCAACAGCAGGCGCAGGCGCAGUCCCACCCGCAGCAGCUGUCACAGCAGGCCAUGUCCCGCUUCCCCUCCAACAUCGACGCCCACCUCCGCCCCCUCGGCCCGCUCCGCUUCCACCAGCCCCAGCAGCAGCAGCCGCAGCCCCAGCCGUCCCAGCCGCCCCACUCCCAGGGGCCCUCUCAGUCGCCAUCGCAGGGGGCGCCGCAGCAGGCGUCGCCCCAUCACCAGCAGCAUCAGCAUCAGCAGCAGCAGCAGGCGGCCGCGCAGGCGCAGGCACAGGCGCAGGCGGCCAGGGUCCGGAGCCCCGAGAUGGAGAUGGCGCUGCAGGACGCCAUGCGGGUGUGCAACCCGGACAUCAAGACCCCCUUCCAGUCCAUCGAGGACGCCGUCAACAGGUUAUUGCCUUACCAUGUUGUUGCGGACUAUGAGGCUGAAGAAGAUGACAGAAUCCUUGACAGUGAUGCAACUGGCCAGAUUCCUUCUCGCCUGCAGCAAUGGGACCAUAACAUUCUGGUGAAGAUUGCCGAGUUCACCACAACGUUUGAGAAACAAGUUUUGGCAUACAACAUAAUGACCAAGAAAAGGGCCAUCGGUGAGUUCAGAUCAGAGGAACGGCUCAUGCUGGAGCAAGCCUUGUUACAGGAGGAAAAACAGGCUAUGCUGGGACUGAGAGCGGAGAUGGAAUCGAGGGAGAAAGCCGGUCGCGAGGCAGCCGAAGCUAAGAUGCGCAUGGCAAUGGAGCAUGCUCGGGCUGAGGCCCAAGCACACUCUGAGAUGAUGAAUCAUGGCCCCAUUCGGGGCAGUGCUGUGGCUUCACAAGGGGAGGAUGGCCCUAGUCGUGGCAUGGAACAAGAACACGCUGAAGAUGGGUGGGGAAAUGCUCAGCGCGAUGAUGAAGAUCCAUCUGAGGAUUUCCUCAACGAUGAGAACGAACCCGAGAAUGGGAACUCAGAUGGGCAAGAGGACUGGCGCAGAUCUGGGGAGCUUGAUCUGAACUCUAGGUAAGGCAGGUGAACUGGCACAGGUUGAGUGAACUAGAUCGUAAUUCUAGGUAGGGCUAGUAUUCUGCAGCUGAUGGUUUUUUAUCUAUACUUGUCUUGUUGUUUGUUUUCAAGAUCAUGUAACCUUACUUUGUGGCCGUAAACAUGCCAUUUUGAACAAAGUAAUUUCUCUGUAUUUGACAAUAUCUCUGUUCCUCAACAAGGUGCCAUAUUAGUCAAGUUUACACCCCUGAGAAUAGGAAUGAGUCAAGUUUACACC